CACCAUCUCAAAUGUCAAAAAGUGGCGUUUUGAGACUGUAAAAGCUGCUCUUAAAUAUUAUUGAUAUUCGUGUGUUUAUUCCUGAUUUUCUAACAAAUUAAAUCCUGUGAAGUGAAAAAGAAAUGAUAGGUUAUGAAUUGUUGUAAGAGUUGUUAAGAAACGUUUUCAAAUAUCAAACAGCUCGUCCUAAUUCUGUUACUACGAAAGAGAUUUUGAUUAUUCUUGAACUAAAGGUUUAAAUACACGUCCAAUGGCCCAAUGCGUGAUUUCAUCUUGUGGUAACCACAAGCAGAGCCUGCUUCACAAAUUUCCAGUUGAUCGAAAACUGAGGAUAGCUUGGUUUAAAUGUCUACUCAAUCAACGUUUGUCCAAUGCUGUUCAAACGCCAUACUUGUGUGAGAGGCAUUUUAGAAGAAGUGAUUAUCUUUUCAGCACGAAAGUAAAAGGUAGAAAGAAACUGAAACCGAAUACUGUGCCAUGUAUAUUUGAAUACCAAGAUCUCUGCAAUAUCAAACCAGUUGUUUCUUUAACUACAAAAUCCAAGAGAACAAAUCCAUCGGAUGUGGUUGAUUUUAGUGAAUUCAAAAAGAAUUUCCGGCAACAAGUUUCAUCAUACACCUUGUCACAGUAUACCAUUAAAGAAACGGAUGACUUUGUUAGUUUCUACAUAAUGUCUUUUACACGUGGUGUGCCCGUAGUCAAGGUCAAUGUGUCCAUCACUAAGAAUUUAAGAGUUGCGGUUUAUAUUGCAAAUGAGAAGGUAUAUCCCUGCAAUUUAUUUUGGGUCCUUUCCAAGGAUGGAAAGUUGACGAAAUACACACAACUGGAUAUUCUGUUGAGAUACUACAAAGAUGGUAAUCAAGUUUUUGUGCAAGGAAUAAAUAAGUACAUCAACAAUCUCGAGAUGAUUGACUCUUUGAUAGAUCAACUUUGCGAUGAAUGUUAUGUUUAUGAAGGUGAAAGAUCAAGCAAAAUGUCAUAUGUCUUAUCAAUAGUUCAGAGUCAGGUGAAUUUUCUAUUUGGUGAGAAGGAGUCAGAAGAUCUGAUUGAAUUUUCCGAAGAGCUUCUCGGUAUUUCUGAAGAUGCAUAUGGGAUUGCUAAAACGAUGCUGAAAUUGCCAGAAGAAGAUCCGUCACAUUGUCCACAGCAUAUAGACAAAAAUAUUGAUAUGUUUUCGGAUUUGUAAACAACAACGAAAAAAGCAUAUUUAUUUUUGUAUAUGAAAUUUUAAAGGAAAAAUUAUCUUUGUUUUACAUCCAAGUUUAUUGUCGUACAUAGUAUAUUAGAUUAUUAUGUAAUUUAAGGUAAAUUAAAAUUUCAGUAAGUAUAAUAAAA